AUGACGGAGGAAUUGACUGAAGUGACGUGGGUGGGUGUGGCCUGUGCAGUGACGGGCGCCGUAGUAAUUCCGCUGCUAUUGCAUCGUAUCUUCUUUUUUAAGAAAAUAGACCGCGAAAGCUCGGCAGGCAGUUGCUCGUGCGAAGAAUACAUGACCAAACAUGGAAUGAGUAAAGUGGACGCUAAAUUUCAAAUAGCAGUGGACUUUAUUGCAUCUCGGGGUAAUAAUAAGAUGACGAAUGAGCAGAAAUUGACGCUCUAUGCAUUAUAUAAACAAGCACACAAUGGUAAAUGCAGUGUGGAGAGACCGUCUGGGGUGGAUAUAGUGGGAUCAGCUAAAUGGGAGAGUUGGAAAGCACUGGGUGAUAUGAGCCAGGAAGUGGCCAAGCAGCAGUAUUUUGAGUGGGUGCAAGACCUAUUCGAGGAGUUUGAUGUACAUAGUCCCAAGAAACGGCACUUGUCGUCGGUUUCGUUGUCAACGGCCACCAAUGAGUCAGUGUCUUCGGAUAACUAUAUGUCAAUGGCUGGAGCUGUUAGUCUGCCGAAAGUGGACAUGUCAACAGAGGAGUGGAAGGUGAAAGACGAUAUUUUUCACUAUGCAAGCACCGGAGAUGCGGACAAACUUGUAUCAGCUUUGAACAAAGGAGAAGACAUCAAUGCCCAGGACCUCGAAGGACGAACUAUGAUGCACUGGGCUGUUGAUCGUGACCAGCAAUUAAUAGUGAAGGAACUGCUGCGCCGUAAUGCGUCGCCAAAUAUUCAGGAUGCUGACGGUAUGACGCCUUUGCAUUACGCAGCCAGUUGCGACCAUGAGGAGUUGGCACAGCUGCUGGUAAAACAUGGUGCGCUAGUGGACGUUGAAGACUUGGACGGCGAUACACCGCUAACGACGGCCUCCAGCCAAGCGCUUCAUUUGGUCAUGGCUGAUGGAGCAACUCGUGAUCUUCAGUAA